AUGAGAAUCAAUUCUUCCUUUGUCCAAUUAUUUGUCACCCUAGCUCUUCUAUUGGGCCAGGCCAAACCCGACCCGGAUCCGCUUCAGGAUUACUGCGUAGCAGACACAAAAAUUCCUCAGUCAUUCUACCUCAAUGGUGCACCCUGCAUUAAUCCAAAGCUAGCAGCCUCAUCCCAUUUCACCACAUCUGUCCUAUCCAAGCCAGGCAACCCAAAAGCUAACCCUUUCGGGUUCAACGCCACCCUGACGAACACGCUUAACCUACCCGGGGUCAACACAUUGGGCCUCACCAUGGCCCGGGUUGACAUAGCGGCCAAUGGGAUUGUGCCUCCACAUUUGCACCCAAGGGCCUCAGAAGUCGCAAUCUGCCUCAAAGGGCUCCUUCUUGUGGGCUUUGUGGACACCUCCAACCGUGUGUUUACCCAGCAACUGAAGCCUGGUGAGUCAUUUGUGUUCCCAAAGGCCCUCGUUCAUUUUCUGUACAACUACGACUCCGCCAACCCAGCAGUGGCCUUGGCUGGGUUCAGUAGCCAGAACCCUGGUGUAGAGAUUGUUUCACUUGCCACCUUCACUUCAAAGCCUUCAAUCCCAGUUGAGAUAUUGAAGAAAGCUUUUCAAGUUAGUGACCUGGACGUUGCCAGGAUGCGAAAGAACCUGGGAGGUUGAUUUUUUAUUUUUUAUUUAUUUUAAAACAAGCACAAAUAUUUAUUUGUUUAUUAUACAUGUUGCUUUUGCAUAUAUGGCUGCGAGGAAAGUGGAAAGUUUAGCUUAGGUUCUCACAUAAGUACACAUGCCAACGGUCACAUAUAUUACUAUAUAAUAUAUUGUAAUUGUUUAAUAUAUAUAAUUGAUGGAAAAUAUGAAGCAUGUGUAUAAAUGGAAAGAAUAAGGUGAUUGGAUCCCA